AGCAGUUACUUUUAACAAUAUUUAUUGCAAUUUAAUCAAUACGCUAAUCGACAAUCACAACAUCAAAUCUGUUCGAGACUGUUGGCACCAGAACGAGCCCUCUGUCAAGAUCGGAGCCAGUGUCGGCUUUUGUUCUUCCGAUUCCGGACUCCUUCCCCGAUUUCCGUCUGUCGCACGCCCGAGUGCCAAUUUCUCCAGCGACGUGCCUCGUUCUGGUUCUUCGUUAUAGAGGUGGUGCCUAGUUGGAGAUCCUUUUUAUCCCAUUAAAAUAUGUGCAAAAUCCGUGAUAUAAUUUUACCCUAUUCCGGCUAGUCAUUGAAUCGUCCAAUACACGAUAGGCACAUGGCUGUGGUAACACACGAUUCUAGUACACAUCGGCUGCAGAGAAGCCUGACCGGCUGAGCUGUCUGUUGUUGUUCCACAGUGAGAGCCACGCACACACGUUAAUAUCUUAUUGCAGGACCAUGGGGAUAGAGAAGAAUGCCUAUCAAGAUGAGGGUAGGGAGGCGGAACUGUUUCAGCCAAUUUCGACCAAUUUCAUGGACCUGGUCACCAAUUGACACAAUUCACGGGUCUUCAACAUGAUGGAAUAAAAUUUUUUGGACAGACACGUGCACUCAGCUCAUGAGGUCCUGUCUCCGACAAUAAUGGUUCGAUUUUUAGGUUAGCGGCCUCGGCAAACUCAGCGCGAACGUAGCUGAUUGUGGUCCCAGAGAAAUGUGUGGUUUCGGAGUAAAAUAACGAUAAUCUACCUUAUCAGAACAAAGGACCAGAAAACGAUCAAUUCGACCCGCCCAAGGAUUGGGAAGAUCUCGGCAGGGAUCCCUGCCGUUGAUGGGAUGUAUCCCCAGAGUCCAGCUGGCCCGCGCUGUCUACCCAGCUCGCACCCAACCAAAGGCACGCAUGCAUGGGAAAGGGCCCGGACAGGCUGCAGACGCCAGCGCCGCUGUCGAUUUUGUGCUUUUUUGGGGCCUUUUUCGAAGCCACAAUGGCAGGACAAGCUAGCUGAAUGGCACCCGCCUUUGUCCCAAUGAGGGGAUUGAGGAGCUCGCUAGCCGAGCAUGGUCUGAGCCUGAGCUAUUUAGUUGUUACGGGGUGGUGUGUUGCCGAUAGGACGUGAGGGGCCUUGCUCAAAGACGCCGCCUGCGUCCAAUCCGAGUUGACCUCGUAUUGUGUACAUGGGACUGUUGGAAUAUUUAUCCACGGCUGCCGCUCCUCGUUAUGCAAAGAGGACAAUUGUGCUCAUCAACACUCCACGGGACAAAUACUAGGUCUGCGACACCUGUUUCGACGACGACGUCGACGACGGCCUCAUUAUUGAUACUAUUCCCAUUGCCAGCUCGUUCGCCGACAGGCUAUGGGAUUUGCCCAGACAAUCAGUGACGACAUUUUAGGUGGGUUUUGGGCGUUGGUGCAGAGUGCCAGCCAGCCACAGUCUACGCUGUGUCCCCAGUCCAAUAGUUAUCGGCAGCAAGCCACGCCGCCUUGUAUUGCGGACUCCGACAAUAGCUAACUUGUCCUGCAGGUUGAUCGCUGUGGAAGUGGCAAAACUCUUGUCGCGAGCUCCUGGGCAACGCGGUAUCAACAGCUGCUGAUCAAUUCAUCUGUGAGCAACCUUUCUGCUUCUCCUUGCCCCUUGUCCUGUGCAUUCACACCCUUUUGGGUCAAUUACAGCCCUGGUCGAAUUUCCCUAUCGUGUGCAAUGCCUCCGCUUCGCCAUUGGUGGCAAGUCGCCGUAGGAGCACCGUGGCGUAACGCUACAGCGGGCCGCUAGGCUCAAAGCAAACAGGGCUUCCGAGUUGUCGAGGCUGGCUAGGCUGCUUUGGGUGGUUACGCUGGGCUUUUUGCGUGUGGAUUGCGCUGGUCUUGGCUCACGUAGGCAGGCUCGAUCUCGCUCAAGAGCCCGAUUCCUCCUGUCAAUGCGACCAUGCUGAAGUGCCAUUGUCGUGCUAUCCCGCGUGCCUCGCUGGGCGUUGACUCGUCCCUCGUCGCUAGCCAAUUUUUCCUGCCCUCCUCUGCUCGUCCAAUUUCCUCACCCUCCCUCCUCUCAUCUUUCUUACCUUCCAUUCAAGCUUUACAUCUGCCCUGGUGACGUCGUUAUUGCUGUCGCCAGAAGGAUUCUCGCUAAACGAUUCCAUUGACUGACCAUUCCUCGCGUGGGUUUUUACGUUUGCAGGCCACCACACCGAACCGAACCUGAGCAAGCAGGAACCGGCCACGCUUGAAUUAAACUUUUAGCGCAGGAGAUAGCCCGUUCUCCAUGUGCUUUUGAGGAAAAACUCCGUUCUCGGUCUAAUUGUCGUUGACAGCUGGCUCAACUCUUCUCCCAAGUGCCGCUGGUUCAUCAACGUUCUGCAUUCGCGAGCACCGCAACCAGAGGCUGUGGCUGAGACAAAACGGCCGCUUCGAGCGCUACUCCAAGACGUUGUUACCACCAGCUCAUUACUUGCAAUUCCUUGUCGUCAUAGCUGUUACUUUAUUAUUCUUUCUUGCCAAUUUUCGGACUACGCCUCAACCCGUCACCGUCACAGUAUUAGCUCGCCUGGAUCUCGCAACAUUUGGCAUUGGACGCCACUGGAUAGCGGCAUGCUCAGCGAAUAGGGACUGAACACACUGCCACAGUUUCUAGCACCGCUAUAUAUUAAUAUCGCCGCAGAGAAGACGGCGUACGCGCGUAAUGUUAGCCGAAAAGAAGAGCUGGAGAGCAACCUCGCCGAAACACGGCCCCCAAAAUGCCGGCUCGACAUCACCACCCGAUAACGACUCCCAAGAUGCCUCUGAUGCUAAGAUGCCCCGAGUGCUUACGAAAGCCUUGCGAUCGAUGAGCAACCCGGCAUUUGAAUCCGUACCAACUCAUCCUACUCGGAGCUCCAAUUCCUUUCGCAGAGCCAGGACAGGCUCCUCUGGAUCGGGCUCGAUGAUGGAGCGCAUUCACCGACGUCUAUCAAAGGAACCCUCGGCGGGUGUGGCUCUAUCCAAUUCUGCACCAUCUAGCCCAAUCGAAUGUUCCUAUGCCUCUAUGGACCUCAUACAGCACGGUUCACUACGACUUGAUCCUUCUAGCCGCCGUGGCCGGCCAGAGUACCUAGUGUUGACUGAUCAAUGCUUGGUAAAGUUUACUAGUAUUGAAGCUGCAAGGGCUACAUUCCCUCAACUAGGACAGCCCUCACCCCAGCUCCAGAGAUCGUCGUCUUCCGCUUCAAUGCAAAGCAAGUAUGGUCGCUCUGAACCUCGUCUCGAAAUCUUAUUAGCAUCUGUCACUGCUGUAUUCAACGACGGACUUUCGGCAUCCCGAUGCGAUCUUGACGUUUGGUGGACAUCACAGGAUGGGAGGUCAGUUUCUUACCGUACCAUGUUGGCCUUCGGCACACCGAUGGAUAUGGAAGAAUGGCUGGCUGUCAUUCAUCGUGCUUGCCGCUCCAAAGUCAGACAGAACACUACUUCGAACUUUGUUGCCUCCAAUAUCCGAGAUACAAUUCACAACAUUGUUCGGUCAACAGAAGCACCAACCGAUGAGCUUAACAAAAUCCCGAUAUUUCCAAUUGUUAAGCGCCCAACGACGAACAUUUCUGCCGCGCCAUCCACCGACGACUGCCGUAACCCGAUUGCUCUCUCCUCAUACUAUUUGGCACUCGGACCAUUUAUGUGUUACCUGGUAGAAAUUUUGCAGCCUGAGCCUGGGGAUUCACCUACUGAAUUACGCGCGAGGACGCAAACUUUCGGACUGGUGACUCUGGCGAGAUUUCGAGCUUCUGUUGCAACCCACACUCAAUCCUUCAUUAUGAUGUUCCGAGCACCGUUGGGACGAGAUGUGCGCCUAGACCUUGCCAGCGUCCAUUACCGGCGCAUCAUUGAUAUUCUGAUUAAGACGGAUAGAGCCUUGAAACCAAUGUGGCCACAACACCUUCAGUCAAGCAUUUUUGAAAUCCGUGGCUUGCCGCCGCCACUGCAGCUCACUUCUGGAAAUGAUCUGGGCGGUCUUGGAACUAGUUUACCGGCUUAUUGUGCUGCGUUUCAAGUUGCGAUGCCCACUUGGUGGAUUGACUGGAACACACCAUCACAACCGUGCUUUUGUCUCGCACCCUCUCCCGAUGUACCCUACUCUGCUCUACAGAUUCUUGCAGUAUUCCGUGCUUUGCGAUAUAACAGCUUCUUUAAGGCCAUAUCCUUCGAGAAUGUAGACUUGGCAAAUAUCGUGGGACAACAAGAUACAAUGCAACAAGGAGACGGGGUUGUGCAUAUGUCUUCUAGUCAUACAAGGCUUCCUGAGGAUCUAUUUGAAUCAUUGAUGCAGGCCCCAAUACUGGAACAGGAAAUGCAUUCGCUUUUAUUCGCAUCCGAUUCCAUCCGCAGCAUCAACCUGAACCGCGUGAGCAGCAUCAACGGCAGCAACGCUACGUCGACCGGCGAACUAAGCGGAGAACUUAUUCGACCAACUAUUGCUUUGCUUCGAAGAGACCUUGUACACUGCCAUAGUCUCUACUUGGCAGGGAAUAAGUUUGCACAGACGGAUGUUGAUGAUCUUGCCGUCACUCUAGUUCUCGACCAUGUUCGUUUACGCCGCCUUGAUCUCUCAAAUUGCGACCUUGGAGAUGCAGGCCUGGCGAAAAUAUGGACGGCUCUAGCUGCCCAAGGUCCAUCUUUGGAGGCUAUUGAUACUUCCAAUAAUUGGGGCUUUGUUAAAGAAGAUGUCAUGCGAAACACAUUAAACCAGUUCCGCAAUCUUACGACGCUUCGUAUUGCAAAGAAUACUAGGCUUGAGUCCGAGACGUCUUUGUUUGAGAUCAAGACGAUGGCCCUGUGGCAACUAGAAGUACUCGAUCUAUCGGGAAUCGUUCUAAACGACGCUACAGUAGAAACACUAGCCGAAUACUUAGCUAUGGAUAGCUCACUCUAUCUACGAUCUCUACAUCUGAAUCGAUGUGGACUCACGGGCAAGCAAGUUGGGAAGCUGUGCAAGAGCAUGGGUAUCAGGCGAGAGAUGACCAUGCAGAUUGAGGCUAGUCGUCUUGAUUUUGGCAUUACUGAGCUUUGUGAUACCCUUACUGCAGGCUACGGCCCGUGGUCUCUCUUUGCUCAAAUGAUCGACUUUUGUCAUGAAGAAAGUUACGUUAAGCUGCUAGAAGCAUUGACAGAGAACCGAAGUAUUCGAUGCCUUAGCCUUGCUGGCUCGUCGAUACCGGACGAUGCCAGUGAGGUCGCCUGCCGAGCACUUACCAACUUCUUUUCAAAUAACACCACCAUCCAGUAUCUGGAUAUGUCAGGAUAUGAUUCGAAGUUAGAUGAAGGGCGGUUGGGGCGCGGGUUUUCCAAAGCCAUGUCAGCGAUAACGCAAAACCAGAGUAUUGAGCACCUCCGCGUGCGUAGUCAGAUGCUGAACUUGAACGUUGAUAAUCUGGCAACCGCAUUAUCGGGCAACAAGACGCUCAGGACGCUGGACUGCGAGUACAACGAUUUUGAUCUGGCCAACUACAAACAAUUGAUCAAGCACAUGACGGACAACGAAAACAUCCGCUUUUUGUCGGCAUUUUCUGAUCAUGAGCUAGAGACAGCCAUGCAAAAGUCGCUUGAAGCCUUUACUUUACAGGCAGUACCUACUCGUCGGCCGUCUAUGAUGUCGCGAUUCAAGCAAGAUAGAGCGCCAAUCAGCACAGAGAAAACGGCUUCUCGGAACAUGAGGCAGGAAUGGGAUAGCGCUGCUCAAGAACUAGCUGACUGCCUUGGUUGCAACCAAUUGAACACCACUCCAGGUCGCACUGUCGAGAGCAAAUAUGACUACCUGGAUUGGGGCUACGUCUUUGCAAGCGAGUUCGGUGGCCUUGCUCUUUUUGACUUUCAUCAUUGUGACAACCAAAAUCUAGCUCCUGAUGCUGCCGAAGAAGGUCUAGCUCAGACGGACGCUGAAGUGUAUCGCUCCAAAUCCACCAACUCGAGCGAAAGCAAUGGCACCCGAAGCACAGAUGGCGCCAGCAAUGAGUCUGGCGUGCCAACCCCAUCGGAAAUGGAACCGAAAGUUAGCGUCUCAGAUUUCCAUGCUAGUGGAAGUGAAGUGAAUGUGGCCAUAUACGGCGAAUUCCACGACGCGUAUACUUCCAUGGACUCUGCUGAGGUCGAACCCGGGCUUCAGAUGAAGAGGUAUCAGCGCUUUGGCGAUGAUCGCAUCAACAGAAUUGAUGAAGAGGAUGUUACUGCACAACCAUAAUUGGUAGCGGUGUAGGGGACGAUGUGUAUACGAUUGUUUUAAGCCUUCUUUUGUGUAUAUAUGGCGAUUUAGCGCAUUUCUUGUUUUUGCAUUGCAUUUUGGCAUGUUUUUGGUUUUAUUCUUGAUACCCUUUUUUCUUAGAAAUUGCUUACACAUACGAAUAAAGCACUGGAUGUCUAUCUUUGUUUUAAUUUCUCAUUCUUGCCCAAUGCUACCGUGUAAUGGGUUAUUCUACAAUGUCGGCUGUGUAUUUAAAAGUACAAUGCAAAUAGCAUGCAAUGGGUUGGCUGCUUUCAGACCUGUUAGUGGAG